UCGGUUAAGACAACAAAAAAAUGUUAAACUGACUUAUUGAAGAAAUACAUAUAUUAAAGGGUUGUAUGAGUAUUGUUUGAUAAAAAUUGUUAAAAUAAGAUGGAUAAGUCUUCAAAUUAUUUUGAAGAAAUUGAUAAAAUAAAGGACAAAAAGGAGGAUAAUGAAGGAUUUUCUUAUUUAAAUAAACUUAUGGGACGGGAAUUUAUUGAUUUUCUUCAGAGCAGUUCGUUUGAGCAGCAAUUAUCUCAACUUAGAUCAUUGUUAUUUAUCCCUCGAAUGAAAUUGUUUGAAAAAGAAGAUAUUGAAGUCAAAGAAGAAUAUUUUUAUGUUUUUACGGAUGUGUCAGUAUAUAUGUUAUCAUGGAUUGAAUUAGUUAUAUAUAUUUUUAAAUAUUUUGAUUUGGAGGAUGAUAUUGAAUGGGCAAAUCAAGCAAAGGGGUUAUUUAAUGAAUUAGAACAAGAGAUUCGAAAUUCAUCUCCUGUUUUUGAUAAGUUUAUAGAAGAAACAUCUAGUCCAGUUCUUGAGAAUUUGACGGAUUUUGAUAUUUUAAAUUUAAAUACAAAGCGUCAAGAAGUCUAUCAAGGCUGGAUAUUUAUUAAGAAGUUAUUAGGUUUUAUAAAAUCUCAAAUAGAAAUUUCAAAGGAAUGGGUGGAUUGUAUUGAAAUAUUGAACCAGAUAAAUCAAGAACUUAAGAAGUGUGAAGUACUUGUUUUUGAGGUCAAAGAACGGUGUGAUUAUAUUCCUUUUAUUUCGGGCCGAUUUGUUGAAAUUAGCACCUUAGAAUCAUUUGUUAAAGAUAUUUUUGAUGGGGAAAAAGUAGGGGGUUUAGAGCAAAUAAAUUCAACAGAUAUGUUGAAUAAAUGGAAUAUGAAUUGUCAGAAUUUUAUUUGUCAAGUUCAUGAGAAAGUUAAGCCUCUUGAAACAUCCCUCAUUUUUUUCAAACUUCGAAUUGAGUAUUUCAAGGAGAAGGCAUCUGAAUUGUUUCCUAGUGCUAUUUAUAAUAUAGAACAAAAAAGACUUAAUUUGGAAAUCAAGUGUAAUAAAUUACAAGAUGAGUUUUUUUCUGUAAAAAAGAAGUUUCAGGAAGAUAAAUGGUUGUUUGUUUUUUCACAAGUUAAUAAACAAGCUACCCAAAUUAUGGAUUCUUUAGAGAUGGAAAUAAAAAAAUUUAAUGUCUUAUCUCCUUUAACAAAAAAGGCUAGUGAAUUUUAUAAAACAUAUAAAGUAAAGAAGGACAGUUAUGUUAUUAUAAGGAUUAUUACUCUUAUGGAAUGGGGAAUUUGGAACAAAUUAACCUGUAAUAGUCGAGUUAUUGAAGGUUAUAAUGCCCUGUAUGAAAGAUGGAAAAAUUUGAACAAAGAUAUUAUCAAAAUCGAUAAUAUAAUUUUGGAAGAUGAUUCCACUUCUGAAAUCAUUGAAGAUAAUGCUCAGUCUGUUUCUCAUGACUCGGAAUCAGAAGCAUCUCAAUCAACUAGAUCAUGUAUAAUGACUCCAAAAACUCCCAAAACUCCAAAAUAUAUAGCAAAGCAAUAUUCUUUGAUUCCUGUAUCUAAAACUAGUCGUCGAUCUUCAUUAUCUAGUACGUUAAAAACAGGAUCAAAGAAUUAUUCUACGCCUAGAAUCUUGUGUCAUUCUAGUGUACCAUCUAAAGGAUCCAAAAUAUCUUCUUUUAUUGAGGAAACUCCUUUACGGUUUCCUAGAUUUAAAUUAUUUUCAUCAAUAAUGGAAAAAACGGAAGCUAGCAGUGCGCUUGCAUCUCAAUUAAUUCCAAAGUCAACACCUGUAAAGAACUCUUCUUAUUCAGGAACUAAGACGAAAGAUUUCGAAUCAAAUAUUCCUCGAUCAUGUGAUUCGAUACGACGUAUGGUAUCUACUGGAGGAAUAUUACAUAAAACAUCUGAUAUGAAAUUUAUGAAAUAUAAAGAAAAUAUUUCGUUUUCUAAUAUACCACGGCCAUCUUUUCGAAGAAUGACUUGCUUGCCUAUUUUAGAAAAUAAAGAUUCUAUGAGAAUGAUUCCUUCACAAAAAACAUUUAUGACUCGGACAUCAAUUCCUCUGAUUAGAAAAAGAGAAUGUAUAUUUGGAACUACUUAA